GCCUCGAGUGGUCCUUCCUGGAGAUGCUGAGAAGGGGAGGAGCCAUCCCAGGGGAUGGACCCUACGUGGGCUGCCAGAUCCAUCCGCGCUGCCGCUUUGGGAAGGGCCCCGGCCUUCGGAGUAAAGCAAAAGUAGCCCUGUGGCGAAGGACCCCACUGGCCGCAGACGGUGUUUUGUGCAUCUGUUCUUCAGUGAUUGCAAUCAAAAUUAACAUAGUUAUGGCGACUUUCCAGACUUUCAGAAACAGUCGUGUGAAGCCAAGAGCAUCUGUCAGAAAAAGCUUCAGUGAAGAUGUGUUCCAGUCUGUAAAGUCUUUAUUACAGAGUGAGAAGGAACUGUGCAGUAUAUCAGUCGAGGACUGUUUAAAGCAGGACGAACAUGCAAAAUUAACUGAGGUCACAUUUCUGGGUUUUAAUGAAGAAACAGAUGCUGCUCAUAUACAGGAUUUAGCGGCAGUGUCUUUGGAACUUCCAGAUCUUCUGAAUUCACUCCACUUCUGCAGUCUAAAUGAAAAUGAAAUUAUUUGUAUGAAAGAUAUAAACAAAUCAUCAAAUAUCAACAGUGGUCCUCGAAAUCAGAGUCAUCAUUCCGGAAUGCUUUGUGUCAUGAGAGUGUCACCUACAUUACCAAGACCCAGAAUUGAUUUUAUCUUUAGUCUCCUAAGUAAAUAUGCUACUGGUAUAAGAUAUACCCUGGAUACAUACUUGCAUCAGAAUCACCAGCUUGAGACUACUCAUGAAGAUGAUGAUGAUACUAACCAGUCUGUGUCUUCUAUAGAGGAUGACUUUGUCACUGCUUUUGAGCAGUUGGAAGAAGAGGAGGCUUCAAAGCCAUAUGAUGGAAUAAACACUACACUACGGAGCCAGUGUGAUGUGGCUUCUCAGACUAUUUGUGGUCACCAUUUGGAAAUCCAUGAUUUAAAGAAGAUUUUAGUCAGCUCUGGACAGCAGAAGACAUUGGCUAAGCCCUCAUCUCCCCUAAUAAAUGUUCUUGGACAUAAUGAACCACAUUCUGUGAAAACUUCAGUCACAACUUCAAUUUCAGAGCCUUGGAUCCAGAGGAGUUUCUAUAGGUCAUCUAAUGCUUCAGACAAAGAUGGUGAUGCACAGAAAACCUUUUGUUCUUCUUCUCCUGCCUACUCUUCGGAAUCAGAAUGCUCAAGUCCAAGUCCUGUUAUUUUCUUGGAUGAAGAAGGGUAUCAGAAAAGUUUAAAAGCAAAACUUGAGCUGCCUAAAAUUCCUGUGAUGAAAGAUGAUGUAGAAGAUUCAGACUCAGAAGUAAGUGAAUUUUUUGAUAGUUUUGAUCAGUUUGAUGAACUAGAACAAACUUCAGAGACUUCUUGCCUGUUUAUAAAUGAUCCUGUUCAAGAGAAGUCCUCACGAAAGAAGGGGCACAAACAUGAAAAAUCUUGUAUGAAUCCUCAAAAAUUCAAGUCUGAUUGCCCAGUUCUUCCAGCUAAUGUUAAAAAGCCAACUCCUCGAAAGCCAGAAUCUCCGUAUAGCAACCUGUGUGAUGCUCCAGAUUCUCCUCGUCCAGUAAAGGCAUCAGGGGAUGACAGUGGUUUGUUUAGCCCUAUUCGAUCCUCUGCUUUUAGUCCUCUUGGAAGCUGUACUCCUGCUGAAUGCUUUUGCCAAACGGAUAUUGGUGGAAACCAGACUCAUGAUUCUGUUUAUUAUACCUAUGAAGAUUAUGCAAAUAGCAUUUCAUGUGAAGUGCUAGAGUCAGUUCUUCAUAACCAACAUACUAAUGAAAUGUCAAACAUUAAUAGUAUUAAAAGAGGAGAAAAUAAAACCGAGGAUUUUAAGCAUGGAAACCUUGAUCAAAAAAGUAAAAGUAAAUCUUUAAUGAUUAAAGAUAGCAUUCAGAAAUUUGCCACAGAUCUCGUGGAAAAAGGUUUUGGCAGUGCAUUUAAAGACUUACAGAAAGGAGUCUCUUCAUGCACCAAUGCAUUGUGCCACUUAGCCGUCAAAUUGACAUCAUCUGUCUUUCAGAUGGCGUUUAAUGAACUGAGAAGGCAGCGUGCAUUUUCACUAAAACAACGUGCCAUUAGUGGCCUGGCUAAUUUUUUGGUGAGUGAAGCCUUAUCACAUGCCUUAAAAGAUUUACAGUAUAUAAAAAAGCAGAUAUUUACAAACACAGUUGCUAGGUUUGCUGCAGAUCUUGCUGAAGAGCUUGUUUUUGAAGGCAUCAUGGAAGUGUGCCAGUUUUCAUAUCCUUCAACACCUCUAUUGCCACAGUGUCAGUCAUUUGAUUUUGAAGAUAAAGUAGUGAAGUCAUAUGCAAAAGAUUUGUCUGAGUCUGUAAUACAGGAAGCAUUCAUUGAGCUAUCACAAGUUGAUGUGCCUUUCACGACAAAGGCAGCAGUUAGUGUUUCUACAGAUAAUAUCAAGUAUGUGAAUGCAGAAAGUGUAGCGCCACCUGUACAGACUUUCACAUUUUCUCCCUCUUUUAACAAUCAAGCAAUUAUGGUGACAAAACCAAUGCAGGAAUAUAAAAAGGAAUACACUGUGCAACAGGCCUUGUUUUGUACUUCAGGAAUUGUCACUUCUAUUCCAGUACCGUUGGCAGGAAGUGCCCUUCUCCCAUAUCAUAUUUUCUCUACCAUAUGUCAGACAAAUUCUCAUCUGUCACUUGAUGACAGUAAUCCAAAUGGUGAGUCUACCCAAGCACAUGUUACCACAAAAAAUGAAGAGGAAGUAGCUUGUCUCAGAAACAUUUGUUUACCUUCAGAACACAGUCUGGAUAGCCAGAAUGAUUGUAAACCAACCAGUAAUGAUAUUGAAAUUCAAAGUUCUUCAAAAUUAGCUAGUGGAAUUAGUAACUUUUCUGCAGCAAUGGUGCAUACUAUAGUAAAUGAAACUUUAGAGUCAGUGACACCAUUCAGAGUUACAAAAACAGCUGAUGAACAAACUGAUUAUUUAACUAAAACAGUGAAGGAACAUAUCUCUCCUUCCUGUCAAGUAGAACCACAACAGGGGGAAGCUAGCAAUAAGGACAUUUUUGCUGAACUGUUAUCUAAAUCUGUUAUUAAAGAUUCCAUAGAUGCAAGCAAAUUAAUGAUCUCAACUUCAGAUACAAAUAUAGUACCUAAGGAAGGCUUACCUGUUGCUGGAGAGGAAUCAAAGUUGACUUCGGAAAAGUUCGCCAAAUUUCUUGAUGCUCAAGAUCACUUACCUUGCUGUUCACGUUCUAUGAGAAAGGAUUAUGUUCCAGAAUGUAAAGAUUCGAUGGUUUAUAGAAUUUCCUUAGAGACACUACCACUUUGUCCAGUGGUGGCAAGUCAGAAACCUGAUCUGAAUGAAGUUGCUAAGGAUAAACCAUUGAAAAAGCAUAAUUUGAAUGAUACAGCACUUGAGCCCUUAUCUUUUGGACAGGAGAGCCCUUUCAGUCACUCACGUACUUUCUCCUCGACAGUGCUUGCCUGUGUAGAUAGUUUGCAUGUGGAAGAUAAACAGAAAAUCAGAGACAGAAAUGUAAUACCUGACACUCCUCCGUCAACUCCUUUAGUUCCAUCCCAAGCUAGUUCUGAAUGGGAUAUCAAGAAGUUAACCAAAAAGCUCAAAGGGGAAUUAGCUAAAGAAUUUGCACCUGCUACACCGCCGUCUACGCCGCACAACGCAUCCGUUGGUAAUUUGUCUGAAAAUGAACAGAAUACUAUAGAAAAGGAAGAGUUCAUGUUGAAACUCAUGCGCUCUCUUUCAGAAGAAGUUGAAGGUAGUGAAGGUGAAGAGCAUCCAGAAAUGGAUGUGAAGCCAGAGCACUCAGGGAAGAAAGUGCAGUUUGCAGAAGUGUUAGCUACACAUAUAAUUUCUUUUGCAACUGAAAUGGCAGCCUCCCAUUUAGAUCAUAAAAUGGUACAAGAAUCUGAGGUUCGAAAACCUUGCUUCAAUGUGCAAAGUCAAGGAAGAAUAUUGCCCACUUUUUCAAGUCAAUCUGUUGAAAAUUUUCAGACAGGUAGUUUUGCAGCUGAUAUGGCAGCAGAAAUCAUUGCAGAAGCUGAGAAAGUAGCAGAAACUAGAAGUUCUGUACUUAGUAAGCAAAAGAAGAAUCUUUGUUUUGUUGAUGGGGACCAAGAUUAUAGAUCAGAAGAGAAGUUGGAUAGGGAGAUUGUAAUGUAUCCAAGAGAAGUGGAUCCAUUUACUCUUUCAGUACUACCAAGUUCUUGUAUGUCAGGUUUGACAUACAAGUAUCCCAGCUGUGAAAGUGUGACAGAUGAAUAUGCAGGCCAUGUUAUCCAAAUAUUAAAACAGGAAGGUGGUAAUAGUGAGUUAAUAAUGGACCAGUAUGCCAGUAGACUUGCUUAUCGGUCUGUUAAGUCAGGUUUACAAGAAGCAGCUAAGGCAGCCAAAAUGCAGAGCAACUCGAAAAUGUUCCCUGUGCAAAGUGCACAAAUGAAAAUAAAUAAUGAACUGUUAAUGUUCUCAAACAAAGACCACCACCAAGAAGAAGGGGAAAAAAGUGAAAGAAAAAGAAGUGGAGGUCACCUUUGUCCAAGUCAAACUUGCGAAAGGGCAAAAGAUGAAUGGAGAAAUGAGGACUCUCACCUAUAUAGUUUUUCAGCCUCCCUUGCUCACUGCAUAACAAGAGAUGUUAAAAAGGAGCUGACAGCACCUAAAGUUGACUUGCCAAAAUCCUUAACAGAGUCCUGCCCUUUUGAAAAAUCUGGAUAUGUUGAAGAUACUGAGUGUCACACAGAACCAGAAUUUUUUAAGCCUCUUGAGCCUUUCUCACAAAAUCAAGGAUUUCACCACAGUACAGGCAGCUUAAAUAGACAUGGCGGUGGAGAGAAUAUUGUUCAAACUAUAGAACAGUAUGCUAAAAAAGUAGUGGAUGACACUUUAGAGUUAGGUCUAGGAUCCAAAGUUUUCCAAGCAUCUGAGACCACAAAAUCAGUAGAUAGAAUCACUUAUGCAGAAAAGUUGUCACCGCUUAUAAAUCAGAAUUGCAGAUAUUGUGACCUUAAGGAGCUCCAUGAUUGUACUGGAAAUUCAUCUCAGCACUUUUUCAAACAGGAUUCACGUGUUAGUAGUAAACUCAUUACGAAUUCAAACUUUAGCAACAUCUAUCAGAAAUCUAGAAUUUUUCAUCUCGAUGUCCCUCAAAUUCAUGUAAAUCUUGAUAAAAAGUCAUUACUUGCUGAGAAGAUAGUAGCUGAAGCCAUUGAAAGAGCAGAGAGAGAGCUGAGCAAUACCAGUUUGGCAGCUGAUAGUGGAAUUGGACAAGAUGGCAUUAGUUUUGCUGAAAGCCUUACCACAGAAAUAAUGACAUCAGCCAUGACCAGUGUUGGACAUGCUGUGAGCAGUUCAAAGGAAGGAGAAGAUGCUCAGUCAACUGAGUCACUUGGUAGCCAGCAGCUGAAUCUCAGUAUUGGUGAGGACAGCACUGGUAGCUGGUCCAAUUUAAGUUUUGAGGAUGAACACCAAGAUGAAAGCAGCAGUUUUCAUCACCUAAGUGAAAGCAGUAAUGGUAACAGCAGUAGCUGGAGCAGUCUUGGUUUAGAAGGAGAUUUGUAUGAGGACAAUUUAUCCUUUCCAACAUCAGACAGAAGUGAUGAAUCGGAUGAUAAAGAUGAAGAGCAUGAGGAUGAUAUAGGAGGUUUGGAGCAAGAUGAAAAGACUUUGCUGAUUACGAAUAUUGACAUGGAGCCAUGCAUUAUAGAUCCCCAGUUAAGGAUUAUUCUUCAGUGGCUCAUUGCUUCUGAAGCUGAAGUUGCAGAACUUCAUUUUCAUGAUUCUGCAAAGAAAGAAUUUAUACUACUUUCAAAACGGUUACAAGAAAAAGGAUGGAAAGUGGGAGACCUCCUGCAGACUGUGCUUAAAUACUAUGAAGUGGUGGAAAGAACUUCCAGUGAGGAGAGGUGCAAGUCGCUGUUUGACUGGCUUUUGGAAAAUGCAUAGUAUAAACCUCAAAUUAGUGUAUUUUAUUAUUUGUUUUGAAAGGGGAAGAAACAGACAAGUAUGUUUAGGGUAAAUUUGAAUAGUAAAUAGGAACAUUUUAGGUGAUUUGGGAGAAAAGUACAGAUUUUUAAGUGCUUUCUGUCAUCACAAAGUGUAUAUAGUUCAUACUUUUGUAAUCCCUGUUAAAAUAUUAUCUUUACCUUUCUUCUGUGCACAUAUGUAGUGUGUAUAACAUGUAUAUGAAGGAAGGAAGAAAGGUCUUUCCAUAAGGUUUCUGGGGACACUGUCUGACAGCAUUGUUUUUGCAUCCGAACAGUGCUGCUUGAAACUGCAGAGAUAGCUAGGGAGAUGGUCCAGUGAUAAGUGACUUACACUUGAUCCUUUACAAAUGGGUAUCUAAGGACACAUCAGUAACCAAAACGUAAAAUUAAAGCUGGUUUGUUUGUGGUAAGUUUUUAGACUUUUUGUCCUGUUUUUAAAAAUCAGUUUUAUGUCAAUAGCUUAGCUAUUGGCAGCUUUGUGGUUCUCUCCAAACUGUAAUUUUUUAGCAGGAAUAUUGUUGUUUUAGGUUUCUGUAAAUACCAUAAGGGAUAGUUUCCCAGGCCUUCCAUCAAAUGACAUUAUUUGCUAAUGCUACCAAUCCUUAGGGCAUGAAAGUGGGGUGGGGUGUGUGUGUGUGUGAGAGAGAGAGAGUAACAGUGUGUGUGUAAAGGGGAAUUUUAACCUUGCCCAGUGGUUUGUUUCCUCUUUUAUUUUACUCUCUUAGUUAAAAAGCGUUAUUAACAUUAAAAAGGUGCUUUAAAAUAAAAUGUCUAUAAAGAUUGUGCAGUAAGAAUUUUGGACUUACAAAUGAAAAUUCAAAUUGAAAAACAGUAAAAUUUUAAAAAUAAUGUUAAUAUGGAAAUGCAUUCAGAGGAGCCUAAUGUGUUUCAUUGUUGGAUUUUUGAAAAAAAAAAGAGAACUCUACUUACCAAGAAUAAGUUUUCUGUAGAAAAAUUGUGAAUCUCCGCCCCAAAUAAAAUGUAUCUGCAGUAAUUUGUAAAGUUCUCUGCAUGAUCUUUCUGGGCUCUACAUUUCCUACUGUAUCUUCAGAAACUGCAGGGUGACAUGAACAGAAGGACCAAGAUUGUGUCUUGGUUUUACAUGUGUAGGUAUGUAUGUGCAGCUUUUUAAUUUUUCCAGUAGUGGAUUUUAUAAUCUAGGAUAAACCACCUUUUGUGUAGGCUUUGAUUUUUUUACUCUUACCACAUUUUUUUUCCUCCAGACAUUACUCUACAAGCUACACAAAAUGUAGAAGACAUAGUACCUAUCAGGGAAUAGGGAAUCAGGGCAGUUACAGCAAUUUGAGUUAACAGUUAUAGUAAAGAAGUAUGUUUUAUAGUGAAAGAUUCAGAUUUGCUUUUUAAGAAAAAUGUCAAAAUACUUAAAUAUUUUGAGUUUACACUGUAGACUUCGUUUUUUUCUCAGUUUAAGGUACAGGUAUAGGAUGAUCCCUAAUGAUAAAUUUUCCUGAAGUUUCUUCAAGUAUUUUUUGAGGUAAAGAAAGGAAGGAAAUAUAUAACUGGGAUUGUUUCUGCCCUUAGUUUUUAAAAAUUUCAGAUGAGGCCACACUGGACUGGAGUUUAAAUGUUAGGACCAGGAAUGUUUACUCUUAGUUGUAAGGUAGAUUCAUUGAUGAAGUUCAGAUUGCAUUUUUACAAGUAACUACCAAAUUGUAUUUAGUAGUUUGGGUGUAAAUAUGGCUCUUAGUAACAACAAAGCUGGGUUCUGAAUUUCUUUUAAAGUGAUAGUGUAUUUUUUAAAAGUUUCUGUGUUUGAAAUGCUUCUGUUAAUUUAUGUUAAUGAUAUAAUCAUUUUGAGCUAAAGUUUUUGACAUACUCGUAUUUCCUUUGCAUUUUGCUGAGUUCAGAGUUCCAUCAUCUAACAACUGCCUACUGACAAACCCGUCAUUAGGUGUUGGAAUGUGUGAUAAUAAUAAUAGUGGAACUCCACAUUUGCAUCAAUUCAGUGCGGGGGCAUUGAGAAAAGUAUUAAAUAUUGGUAUAUGUGAAAAGAUGUUGAGUUAAGCUUCCUUGUAUAGAGAGAAUGUUUGAAUAGUAUCUUUUAAUCAUGUACAGUCUAUAUUAACUUUCUUUAAAGACUGAUUUUUCCAAAGAUGUUAUACAUUUGUUUGGUUGCUCAGUCUUGAAAACAGCCUUGUUAAAAAAAAAUAAAACAGCCCUCUUGAGGACAGCUCUGUCUUAUUUAAUUACAAAUCUGCUUGACGUAUUUAUAACAUCGUAAUAUUGCUAUUCUGUACAUUUUGGACCUAAUGAAAUAUGUCUUAUUCAAAAUUGUGAAAAUUUUGAUGUGCAAUGAACUGAAUUCUUUGUUUACCUGUUUUAAAAUCAUCAUGUGAUUUGUAGAAAGAAAGUGAAUGAAACCUCCAGUAAGAGGUUUUCAGAACAUUAGUUCAGUCUAAAAUAGGGCAGUUCUUUCAUGCUCUUUUCCUAAGCCAAGGUUAAAUUACAUUUGUAUUUUGGGUAUUAUUAAUUUUGGGUAUUAUUAAUAUUGAUUUUGAAAAUAUUACUGAUUUAUUAAAAGUAGUGAUUCAUUUAUAAAUCACAGAAGGAAGUGACUCUCUAUUGGAUGAAUGAAUUAAUAUAACUUAGUGGCAGUAUAACACCUUUGAGAGUAACUCGGUGAACAUAGGUGGUACCUUUGUACUUUAAAAAAUGUUGCGCUUACCCUUUCAAUAUUGGUUGUGAAUUAAUUCAGUUCAUAAUAAUUUAAUUCUACUUAAAAGUUUUAUGUUGCUGGUAGGAGAAUUUAGUUACUUAAGUACACUGUGUAUAAAAUGAAGAUAAUUUACCUAUAUAACAUAGGUAAGCUUGACAUUACUGCAUGUUCUCCAAAUGCAAAGUGUAAUUUUUGUUCAUAAGAGUCCAGUCGGAUGGCUAUUUAAUUUCUUGGCUAAUAUUAUUCCACAGUUAAUAUCAUUAAUUUCCCACCAGUAUAUCACUUUAUAUUUUAUGCUUUUCAAAGAAAACUUUACGCAGAAUUUUAAAAAUGAUGCAUCCAUACUCAGGGGUUAGGGAGGAUACUUUCCAUUUAAAGCCCUGUCCACCUGUUACCUGCACAAGAGAAUUAGAGCAUCAGUGGGAAUUAGAAAAGUUGUACUAUGAAGUGAGUUGCAUUUUUUUCUCAUUUUCAGAAAAAACCCUGCAAAACAUUUAAUCAUUUACUGUAUUCUUGCUCCAAAGAUGCAGAUACAGUGUUAGUCACUCUUGUCACUUUAAUUUAUUUAUUUUUUUAAUCACCCAUGUACAUUCCUUUCAUUUACAGUUACAGUUCUAGAAGUUCUCAUUUGUUAUUGUAAUGUUUGAAUACUGUUUUAAUGCCAGGUUUUAAUAUUGCUGGAUUUGCUACCUUUCAUUACUUGUGCAGUGUUAAAAGUAAUACACAUUCUUGUUUAAUUAUCAGAUAUAUAACAAAAGAAGCUUUGAAUAAUUACAACUUUAUUUGGCUGUGCUGAGUUAUUAUGUAAAGAUCUUAUACUGUGUAGCAGUAACUUUUUUUGCUGUUCAGUAAUUAACUGUUUGCUUACCAAAAUAUUAACUUCAGGAUGCACUAAACUUUUGUUUUAGUAGUGGUGUUUAAAAAGUUUCAAAAAUUACUUUUGUAAUAGUUUGCAAUUAAUUGUUCCUUUUCAGUUGUUUAAGCCUGUGAUCUUUCCCAACUAAGAAUUCUACAAUAAAUUUAAGAAAUCCCUA